AUGGCGGACCGCCCUAUCUCCCAAGGCACUGGAUCGACACCGAGGAGGAAUUCACUGACGCUGGCACCAAUGGCCAACUCUACGCCUCGAUCACCCCCGUUGAAUGGCAACAUCCAAAUACCUCGCAGUCCUUCUAUGGGCCACCGCCAGAGCUUCGCCGAAAACCUUCGCGGUGUCCCUGGUUCCCCUCGCGCCCAACGACAACCCUCGCUCAACCAGCAGGCCCUUCAAGAACUGUUGAAUGAUCCACCUGUCGCAAGAAACGGCACUCCGGAGCUUGCUGGAAGAGAUUGGAGAUCAGUGCAGAUUGGCGAGAUCAUCAGCCAGGAAGAUGUGAGGUUCGUGGAGAUGGAAACAAGCGUAGAAGAAGCCACAAACCGGUUGAUAUCUUACGGCGCACCAAAUGUAGUGCUUCUACGCGAAAACGAGCAAUCACGCGCUGCUGUUGGCACUUUUGACUACAACGAUCUCAACGCAUAUCUCCUGCUCGUAGUGGGCUUGGCUCACCCUGAUGAAGAGCAUACAGCAUCUUUCAAUGAGCUCGCACGCAGAGGACGAGCAGGAAAGCCGAUACCUCUCAAGGACGUCAAGGACUUGGGAAGGAAAGGGCCUCUUGUAACGCUUCCAGAUACAGCUGACCUGACAAGGGCGGUGGAAGUCUUCGGCAGUGGGAUACAUCGGGUCAUUGUGGUCAAGGAAGGUACUUCGGACGUGGUGGGUAUCCUGACGCAGCUCCGGCUAGUCAGGUUCUUCUGGGAGAACCGCAGUACCUUUCCCGCGCUCGAACGGCUUUACCAGCAAUGCCUUAAAGAUUUGAACAUUGGCUCAAAGACUGUCAUUGCUAUCAACGGCGACCGACCUUUAUCAGACGCUCUCGAACUCAUGAACCAUGAAGGCGUCACGUCAUUACCAGUCCUAGACAAUUCUAACAAUGUUGUUGGCAACAUCUCGAAUGUCGAUGUUCGGCUCCUCACGAAGACGACUUCUCUACCUCUCCUACGCUCCUCCUGCAUCCAUUUCAUCUCCGUCAUUCUCUCCGAGCGCGGUAUGAAUGACGGCAAAGACUCUUUUCCCGUCUUCCACGUCAAUCCCUUUUCCACUCUCGCACACACCGUUGCCAAGCUUGUGGCCACGAGAUCCCACCGCAUGUGGGUAGUCGAUGCUCCCUCUCCGGGCUCCUCAGGUCCACCGACUCCUUCGGCCACACCCGCGGUCUUCGUGCCGCCACCCCCGAUCUCCUCCUUGCCACCUACGGCGAUGCCGCCUUACACCGCCAACCCUUCGCCGUCGAUUUCAGCGUCUGCGAUACCAGGCGCAAGCAUGUCAGGCCGUCUUUCAGGCGUCGUCAGCCUGACGGAUAUACUAAAUCUCUUCGCGAGAGCCAGCGGUCUCACUCCGCAUGAUCCGGAUGAAACCAGGCGGCAGAGGAGGAGAAGCAGUAGCGCGAGCUUCAGACGGAGUACGGAGAGCUCGAGGAGUGAGAGCACGGAACCAGGAAUGAGGAGGCCGAGUGUGAGCUCGAGAAGCAAAGAUAUUAGGAGCGAGCGGUGA